CUUUUUCACCGUCAGUGAGGUGGUGGUGUUUGUUCUGUGUGUCUGUUGCAGUGCUUCUCGACGAGCGGGGAAGGGAAGGAUAUGGCGCUUCCUCCCUCCCUGUCGCCCUCGAGCAUUCUGCACUUCUGGUUUGGCAGCAUGUGUGACACUGAGCUGAGGGACCCCUCCCACUGCGGCGUCUUAACGACACGGUCGGGCGCUGCAGCGAUGCAUUGUACCGCCUGAAAGAGGAAGAUGCGUACAGGCAUGCAAUGUGAUGUGUGGCUUGUUGGUUGGUCUGGUGGCAGGGGCUGCUGUUCGUGGGGCUUCAAUCCGCUUCCUAGCUUCGAGAAAGCCCUGCAGGAAUCCGCACACCUCAUUACGUGGGUGGCAAAUUGGGAGGGCAGCCGACCGAGACAGACAGACAGACAGACGCGUGUACCCUUGCGCAUCUAUCGUCUGCUGCAGUGCGGUGAGCAAUGGUGUGGGCGGCGAUGAGUGGACGAGUGCCUUUGGCCUGUUGGCGCAAGUCAUCGUGCUUGACCAGUUCACUCGCAGCAUACACAGAGGUGGGUCAGUCAGCCGACACACAUCAUCUGACUGUCAGACAAAUCAUGUCAUGGCUCGUCUGUGUGUCUUGUGCAUGUGUGCAGGAACGAGAGAGGCGUUUCAGCACGAUGAAAGGGCCGUCGAGCUUUCGCGGCAGGUAGGUACAUCAUCCCUGCCAUGGACCGACCAUUCACUCUGUCAGUCAUUUCAUGGUCUCUUUCGUUCAAUUGCGCAGAUGGUCGACUCUGGUUUGCUGCAUCAGCUCAAGGGAUGGCAGAAACAAUUUGCAGGUGGUCGAGUGAGUGCAAGAGGGAGACGCAUGCCAGCCGGCGUGGCGUGGGGUCGGACCAAAAGUGCUCUGUGUAUGUAUGCCCCCACCCCUCAGUGAUGCCGCUGAUGCACUCGGAGUGUCUCGACGACCAAGACCUACGUAGGCAGGCCAAAGGACAUAGUUGCAUAAUUGUGGCCACGUUGGUGUCUGCUGGUUGUUCAGUGGUGUCGCUGCUCACCGAGUGGUCGAAGAGUGAGCCGCUGUUCAGACGACAAAUCGACUUUGCCAAGGCACACAGGCAUGAUUGCAUGCGACACACGCACACACAUAACGUCAUUCGGGUUUCCAUAAUCGUUUGUGCAGGGAUGUGGUUGGGCGUUUCGGUCGCAGGCCCCAGCGCAACUUCGCGUUGAACCGGGAGUCGACGGCCGAAGAGCUGGCAUGGUUCGUCAGUGACGAGAUGCCGCAGUGGUGCGUCACACAGAUUCCCAAACAGACUUUGGAGAGACUCAAGGCAGACAAGGACAAGGGAAUGCUGAAGUGACGCGACGUUGGUUUGCACUGAUGGACACUUACUUUUUCCGCGCGCCGAUGACACUUGUUCUCGCGCUGAGGGAUGGAUGGAUGGAUGGGCUGAACUGUGCUGUUGGUUUACUCUUUUGAGUACACAAGCGACGCAGAUGGGCAAGCUGCCGGGCGCGGGCGGGUAUGGGUGUGCGUGUGAGUCAGCCUGUGUGGCAAGCGUCCACACACAUAGAGACGCAUGUGUAGUGCAUGUGCUCACCAGCUUACAGCUGUUUGACACUUGAUGUGUGCCUCUCAGUUCACCAAUUCAAUUGAGA